UAUAUAUAGAGAAUAUGUAGAACAGCAGUGUUAAAAAAGAGUAACAUAUUUUGAGUCUCUGCGACUAAUAUCUUCAUAUCGGUACGUUGUAAUAUUUAUCCGUUAAUUAUACGUGUGUUAGAUGUGUUAGUGUAUAUGCAGAUGAAUAUGUCAUUUUAUGCAUCACAUGUAUAUACUCAAUUUGUUUAUCUUAUUUUUUUAUUUAAUGUUCCCCUUCGUUGGCAUCAUAUAUAUUUCUCUUGAAGUUUUGAGUAAAACCUCUAGAGAUGUUGGAAGAUAUAUCCAGUAUAUCGACUAUAUAUAGUAUCCAAUCUUAUGAUGACUAUGUAUCUAACACUAAAAUUUUGUUAAUCAGAGUCUUAGGUUUACGAAUUUUUUGGCAAUAAAUCAUUUUCGUCUAAAUUUGGUUGAGCCAGAGACUAUCGGUUAGUUAAUUAUUUUUGCUGCUGUGAUGUGAACCGAAGGGUCAAAGAGAAGGUUAGGUCGGAGCAGCAUAGUCGCAUGCGAAGUUCGUUUUAAGUAAAAAGUAAAAACUUAUGUAAAUUAAACGUCAAUUAUUCUAACCGCUAAUGUUGGUCUAUAAUUCAAUUUUCCUAGGCUUUAACUAAGGGUAGUUUAUAUGGCGUAAAUGUGGGAACGUGUGAAGAGUCAAUGUGAAAACGGCAUGGUGUUCUUUUUGGUUUUAAGUAACGAAUUCUAGAGGGAGAACGCACGGACGAGAGACUGUGAUGAAGUAAGCAUAUAUAUACAUAAAACUGUGUUAAACAAUAAAUCUGCAUGCAUAGGUAAAAAACUAUAUCUUCGACCAACAUUGGUCUUACUAUAAGAUACGUAAAUGUGAACUACGCAACAAACUUUGAUUUUCGAACUUAUAGUAUAUCCUCAUCGAUAAAAAGAACCUAUAAGUUUCAACUUAUAUAUACAACUCAUGAAUUGUGUCUGAAAUACUUAAAACAAACAUUUUUGAGUUUUAAUUUAGUAUUACAUGAAAAUAGAGUUUUAUAACCUCAACUCGUGUGGUGACGCAAACACAUAAUAAACCUAUAGGCAACAUAUAUGUUUUUUUUUUCAAACAACAUAUAUGUUAUUAUCGUACUUUAGUAUGUAAACUGUCCGGAAUAUGUUUAAUAGCUUAUAAAGUUUAGUGUAUUUUUGUUUUCAAGGAUAUGAAGUUUAACGUUAGCACUUAGCUAGCCUGUAUUGUUUACAUUAAAUAAACUUCUUGAAGAAAUUAAACUUAGAAACAUAUCUAGUACCAUAAUUUAAGAUUGUGAACAUGCUUAUUAGUUAUCUGUAUUUGACAAAAGCUUACCACGAGUCUUAUUUAACGAUAGUGAUGAUUCAUUUAUUCGCAAUAGAUAUAUCCAUAUAUAUAAAUAGAGGUUUGUGUACUCAGUUACACUCACAAUUUAUGGUUUUAUAAUAAUCACACAAAUCACCACAAAACAACUUAGUACACAUAUAUGCCAACCUUCUAGAUCGCAUCUGUGACCCCUUCUUGAAGCAUGGUAGAUAUAGAAGACAUCAAGAUUCGAUCAACUAUAUAUCUUCCUGUAUCUAGUCAUGUCCUAAGCUAGAAGACGACGCUCCAACAAUCCCAUCCUUACAAUCAUCCAUCUGCAAAGGUUGAGAUAUUGGGAUAAUAUUACCAAAAGGAUCACCAACAUCGUUGAUGAGCGAAUUAAGAAACGAUGAGAACUUGUCGUCGUAGCAGAAACCAAAGUCUUCGUAGCCGUGUUCACCACCAAAGACAUUGAUACUGUUCUUGCUAUCUCCAUCCCCGCCAUUAACAGUGGUAUCAUCAGUAUGAGAACUAGAAAUAGGCUCUAGAGGGUACUUUUGUCCACCGGAAACUUCUUCUUCUGGUUUAUGGAUGUUGUUUGCAUCAAGAGGCUUGUGGGUUUGAGGAUCAAUUCCUUGCCUUAAAAGUUUCUUACGAAGAUGAGUGUUCCAAUAGUUCUUAAUUUCAUUAUCAGUCCUUCCCGGUAUCCUUCCCGCGAUCAAUGACCACCUGCAUCACACAUUAGAAUUUCCAUGAAGAACAAGAGCGGUUAAUUACUAAUAUGGUUACAAAACAAGCUUGCAUUUUUAUCCUAGUAAUCAUAAACAAUUUGAAAAAAGAAUGAAUGAUCUCUAGAACUAUUAAUUUGCUCUAGAACCAGAAUCAACUUAAUUAAAAUUAUACUCUAAAGAAACUAGAGAAGGGAUUAACCUUUUGUUCUAUAUAAAUAUCGAAUCAAGAAUCAAAGUAUAAUUGUUUUAUAUAGCUAUAAGAAAAAAUGGGAUCAAGCUAAAAUCAGAACCUUCAUGUUUAUGUGGAAGAAAUAAAACCCUAGCUAGCUUAAACAAAAAAAUAACUCUAGUGUAUGGGUAGAGAGAGACACACACAUACGUAUGCAUAUAAACUAAACGAUCUUGUAUAGUUGAAUACUUGACGAGAUUUUUUUUUAAUAUCUAUAUAUAUACCUGUUGCCGAGGAGGCGGUGAAGACGGAGGAUGAGAUCUUCCUCGUCCGACGUAAUUCCUCCACGUUUAACCGAGGGUCGGAGAUAGUUCAUCCACCGUAGACGACAGCUCUUUCCACAUCUGAGUAAACCAGCUCUCUUAGGAAGCGAUCGCCACCGUCCUUCACCUUCUUUCUUAAUGAAGCUCACAAGAAUCUCGUCUUCCUCCACCGUCCAUGGUCCUCUCUUCAUCCCCAUCUUCGUGCAACACGGCGUUGUUUUCUUAGACACUGGCUUCUUCCCACCACAUGACAUCAUCUCCGCCGUCUUCAACAAAGCUUUCUCUCUUUCCACUAGGGUUUCGUGAUCUCUAUGAGUUCUUCGAUUGGUUGUUUUUUUCUUUUCUCAAAGUUUCUCUCUCUCCAUUAGUCUGCUGAUGUUACCAAUGAACCUACCGACCUUUUCUCUCACGCGCUAGCUUCGGCGUUUGGUAAUAAUCUUCAUUUGGUUUUUAUUUCACCUGCGUGGUUUUUUUUUCCUUUCAUUUUAAAGAUUUUGCAGUAACAAUCAUAUUGAAAUCCAAAUGGCUAAUGUUAUUACAAUGCAUAGGUUAGUUGCUUCUAGUUAUUUAUAUUAAAGAUUUGAUACUACUAUGAAUUAUAAUUUGAUUGGCUAUAAACAUCCGAUUAUACCAGCUCCUACAAUUGAGAAAGUUAUAACAAAAUGGUUGAUAAUACAUUAAUGAAUACUAACCACCUUAAUUAAAAUUGACACCAGUGAAAAAGCAUUAAAUAUUUGGACCACCUUUUAAAUAGAUGAUUAAUCAGUAAUUGGACAAAAUGCUAGUAUUUUUACAAAUCGGGAAAUAAAGGGGUGAAAUCGUAAAUAAAUAAAAAGUAUGGGCCACAUAAUAAAGAAGAAUACAGGCGCAUGAGAAAUUAACAUAAUUACCUCUCCUUUAUUACAGUUAGUCAAUUUCUAACCCAAAACUUUUGUUUUGUUCUUUCCUUUUUCUUAAUUUUGAUUUUAUUAAAAUUUGGUCAUGUAUUUUCACUACUGUAAUAGAGCUGGCAUCUCUGAUCUUUCAACUCCACCAAUCUCGAAAUCUUUUCUUUCAAUUUUCUCAAAAAAUUAAAACCCUAAUUCUUAUUGGAUUCUGUUUCCUUGAGGAGCAAUUGUGUUCUGUUCGCUGCAUUUUUUUUGUUCUGCUGACGGAGGAAGAAGAAACGAGAAGAGAUGGCGCGGCAAAUGACGUCAUCUCAGUUUCACAAAUCAAAGACUCUCGACAACAAAUAUAUGCUGGGAGAUGAAAUUGGUAAAGGAGCUUAUGGUCGAGUUUAUAAAGGAUUAGACUUGGAGAAUGGUGACUUUGUGGCCAUUAAACAAGUCUCUUUGGAAAAUAUUGUUCAAGAGGAUCUUAACACCAUUAUGCAAGAAAUUGAUCUUUUGAAGAACUUGAACCAUAAAAACAUUGUGAAGUAUCUUGGGUCGUCGAAGACAAAGACUCACCUUCACAUUAUUUUGGAGUACGUUGAGAAUGGCUCUCUUGCAAACAUUAUUAAACCAAAUAAAUUUGGACCUUUCCCAGAAUCUUUGGUGGCUGUUUACAUUGCUCAGGUCUUGGAAGGUUUGGUAUAUCUGCAUGAGCAGGGUGUUAUACACCGUGAUAUUAAGGGUGCAAAUAUUUUGACGACAAAGGAGGGUCUUGUGAAGCUUGCUGACUUUGGAGUUGCCACUAAACUUAACGAGGCUGAUGUUAAUACUCACUCGGUGGUUGGAACUCCUUACUGGAUGGCUCCUGAGGUUAUUGAAAUGUCAGGAGUUUGUGCUGCUUCUGACAUUUGGAGCGUUGGAUGCACUGUUAUCGAACUUCUGACAUGUGUACCUCCUUACUAUGAUCUGCAACCCAUGCCAGCCCUCUUUCGUAUUGUUCAGGAUGACAACCCUCCUAUUCCUGAUAGUCUUUCUCCAGAUAUUACGGACUUUCUACGACAGUGCUUCAAGAAGGAUUCCAGGCAGAGGCCUGAUGCAAAGACACUGCUCUCUCACCCUUGGAUACGAAACUCUAGACGAGCUUUGCAGUCAUCACUUCGGCAUAGUGGCACCAUCAAAUAUAUGAAGGAAGCCACUGCAAGUUCAGAGAAGGAUGAUGAAGGUAGUCAAGAUGCAGCAGAAAGCCUUUCAGGAGAAAAUGUGGGAAUAUCAAAAACUGACUCGAAAAGCAAAUUACCUCUGGUAGGGGUGUCGAGUUUUAGGUCUGAGAAAGAUCAGUCGACACCCAGUGAUCUUGGUGAAGAAGGAACAGAUAAUUCAGAAGAUGAUAUUAUGUCAGAUCAAGUUCCUACACUGUCGAUCCAUGAGAAAUCUUCGGAUGCUAAGGGGACACCUCAAGAUGUAUCAGACUUUCAUGGGAAAUCUGAACGUGGUGAAACACCUGAAAAUCUUGUAACGGAAACUUCUGAAGCUAGAAAAAAUACUUCAGCAAUAAAGCACGUUGGCAAAGAAUUAUCCAUCCCAGUGGACCAGACAUCACAUAGUUUUGGCCGCAAAGGUGAAGAACGUGGGAUUCGAAAGGCUGUGAAGACUCCAUCUAGUGUUAGUGGGAAUGAACUGGCUAGGUUUAGUGAUCCUCCUGGGGAUGCUUCUUUGCAUGAUUUAUUUCACCCAUUGGAUAAAGUGUCUGAGGGAAAACCAAAUGAAGCCUCAACAUCCAUGCCUACGUCAAAUGUCAACCAAGGUGAUUCUCCUGUUGCAGAUGGUGGAAAGAAUGAUCUGGCUACAAAAUUGAGGGCUACAAUUGCUCAGAAGCAAAUGGAGGGGGAAACAGGGCACUCAAAUGAUGGUGGUGAUCUUUUUCGCUUGAUGAUGGGUGUUUUGAAAGAUGAUGUUAUUGACAUUGAUGGCUUGGUAUUUGAUGAAAAAGUGCCCGCGGAGAAUCUUUUUCCUCUGCAGGCAGUCGAGUUCAGCAGACUGGUCAGCUCCUUGAGGCCAGAUGAGUCAGAAGAUGCAAUAGUAUCUUCUUGUCAGAAACUUGUUGCCAUGUUUCGUCAGAGACCUGAGCAGAAAGUAGUAUUUGUGACACAGCAUGGUUUCCUGCCUCUAAUGGAUCUACUCGAUAUUCCUAAAUCUCGAGUAAUAUGUGCUGUGCUGCAGCUGAUAAACGAAAUUAUUAAAGAUAACACUGACUUCCAGGAAAAUGCUUGUCUUGUUGGCCUUAUUCCUGUUGUAAUGAGUUUUGCUGGUCCUGAGAGGGAUCGUUCUCGCGAAAUUCGUAAAGAAGCAGCUUACUUCUUGCAGCAGCUUUGUCAGUCAAGCCCCUUGACGUUGCAAAUGUUCAUAGCUUGCCGUGGAAUACCCGUUUUGGUGGGAUUUCUUGAAGCAGAUUAUGCCAAAUACAGGGAGAUGGUUCACUUGGCUAUUGAUGGGAUGUGGCAGGUAUUUAAACUCAAAAGAUCCACCCCAAGAAAUGAUUUCUGCCGUAUAGCUGCAAAGAAUGGAAUUCUUCUGAGGCUAAUCAACACUCUUUAUAGCUUGAAUGAGGCAACCCGGCUGGCUUCUAUAUCAGGGGGCCUGGAUGGUCAAGCUCCACGAGUGCGCUCUGGUCAACUUGACCCUAACAAUCCUAUUUUUGGUCAAAAUGAGACUUCUUCACUCAGUAUGAUUGAUCAGCCUGAUGUAUUGAAAACUAGGCAUGGGGGUGGUGAAGAGCCUUCUCAUGCUUCAACCUCAAAUUCUCAAAGAUCAGAUGUCCAUCAACCAGAUGCUUUGCACCCAGAUGGUGAUAAGCCUAGAGUAAGCAGUGUUGCACCAGAUGCCUCAACCUCUGGCACAGAAGAUGUUAGACAACAGCAUCGAAUAUCUCUUUCCGCCAAUAGGACAUCGACAGAUAAGCUUCAGAAGCUGGCAGAGGGCGCCUCUAAUGGUUUUCCUGUUACUCAGACAGAACAAGUUCGACCUUUGCUUAGCUUGUUGGAUAAAGAACCCCCUUCAAGACAUUAUUCUGGUCAACUGGAUUAUGUUAAGCAUAUCACUGGCAUAGAGAGACAUGAAAGUAGACUUCCUCUUUUGCAUGGAUCAAAUGAAAAGAAAAACAACGGAGACCUAGAUUUUCUGAUGGCUGAAUUUGCAGAGGUCUCUGGACGUGGAAAGGAAAAUGGAAGUCUUGAUACUACGACUAGAUAUCCCAGUAAAACAAUGACAAAGAAGGUUCUGGCUAUUGAAGGAGUUGCUUCAACAUCUGGGAUUGCAUCUCAGACAGCAUCUGGAGUACUGUCAGGUUCGGGUGUUCUAAACGCUAGACCUGGAAGUGCCACAUCAUCUGGUUUACUUGCCCAUAUGGUCUCUACGCUGAGUGCAGAUGUUGCAAGGGAAUACUUGGAGAAAGUUGCUGACCUGCUUCUUGAAUUUGCUCGAGCUGAUACGACAGUAAAGUCAUAUAUGUGCAGCCAAAGCUUACUCAGUCGUCUUUUUCAGAUGUUCAACCGUGUAGAACCUCCUAUUCUGUUAAAGAUACUGGAGUGCACAAAUCAUUUAUCAACUGAUCCAAAUUGCUUGGAGAAUCUGCAGCGUGCAGAUGCAAUUAAGCAUUUGAUCCCCAACCUUGAGCUUAAGGAUGGGCAUCUUGUUUAUCAGAUCCAUCAUGAGGUGCUUAGUGCACUAUUCAACCUGUGCAAGAUAAACAAGAGGAGGCAGGAACAAGCGGCUGAAAACGGAAUCAUUCCGCAUCUGAUGCUUUUCAUUAUGUCAGAUUCUCCUCUGAAACAGUAUGCAUUGCCACUACUCUGCGAUAUGGCUCAUGCAUCUCGAAAUUCAAGAGAACAGUUAAGGGCCCACGGUGGUCUUGAUGUUUACCUGAGUUUACUCGAUGAUGAAUACUGGUCCGUGAUAGCCUUAGAUUCAAUCGCUGUUUGCUUGGCGCAAGACAAUGACAACCGCAAGGUAGAGCAGGCAUUGCUCAAGCAAGAUGCAAUUCAGAAAUUAGUUGACUUCUUCCAGAGCUGCCCAGAGAGACACUUCGUGCACAUAUUGGAGCCAUUCUUAAAGAUUAUCACGAAAUCAUAUCGGAUCAAUAAGACAUUAGCUGUAAAUGGAUUGACUCCACUGCUUAUUUCAAGGCUAGACCAUCAAGAUGCGAUUGCUCGACUUAACCUCCUAAAACUCAUCAAGGCUGUUUAUGAACAUCAUCCACGGCCGAAACAGCUGAUCGUAGAGAACGACCUUCCUCAAAAACUGCAGAAUCUAAUAGAAGAACGACGAGAUGGACAACGUUCAGGAGGCCAAGUUCUGGUGAAACAAAUGGCAACAUCUCUCCUCAAAGCACUUCACAUCAACACAAUAUUGUGAGUCCACCAAAACGAUAAUAUCCCUUGGGGGACUGUACAUUUACUCCCAUUUUUCCAAGAAGAAAGUGCCUGUUCUUCUUCCCUUCCAUUUACAAAAUGUGAAACUUAAAAGAUUUGUAAUUGUUUAGUUGUGGCUUCUCUUGUGUUUUUAGUCCCUCGAGAGAUGCCAACACUUGUGGUUUUUGUAAUAUAUAUACUGCUCUUGCUAGCCUUCUUUAGGGGAGUUGUAUUUAUGUGAUCGAUUCUU